UCAUCUCUGCUGGAGGAGUCAGCAUCUCAGAGUAACUUCUCUUCGAGAGGAAAUAAAAGCAUCUGUUGGGAGCUCACUGGAGACCAGGCGCGCGCACUUUACGCAUUCGGGCAUCUGUAUUCUGAUACCGCGUGUUUAUCUAGGGGUUUUUAAAGAAUUGCACGACCACAUUAAGGAGUAUUCGGAGAGUAAAAGGUUUGCAGGAAAAGCUACAAGGACGAUAAAUAAGGAGGAUAAACAAGAAGCCAACAAAAAGGAACGGAGAGGGGAGAGGGGACGACAUGUUUGGCAUGAUGAAGAACUCGCUGUUCGGAAACACCGAGGAGACGGAAUAUAAACUGCUGAGCAGCGAGACCAAGGAUGGAGUUAGCUUCGAGGUGCGGCGGUACGAUGGCGCCAAAUACGCCGUGGUGUCCUCUGAAGGGCGGACCUUCGACCAGGUGACCGGGGAGCUGGUGAGGAAGCUGCUCAUGUACAUCGGAGGGAGCAACGAACAAGGUGUGGCCAUGGGAACAGCGGCUCCCAUCAUCGUCACAGUGUACCCGAGAAAUGACGGCGUUCUGUCUCGCCGUUUGGUGGUCGCCAUUAGAAUCCCCACCAGCUACCAGCAGGAGCACCCGACUCCCAGCGACAGCACCAUCACUAUCGAGGACCGGCCCGGCAUGACCGUCUACGCUCUGCAGUUCGGAGGCUUCGCCGGGGAGAGCGAGUACCGAGCGGAGGCCCUGCGUCUGACUCGUACUCUGGGUGAGACGGCUCCCUUCCAGCGUAAGCAGUACUUCUGCUGCAGCUACGACCCCCCACUGAAGCCUUACGGACGCCGUAACGAGGUGUGGUUUCUACAGGAGGAGCCCUAGGACACAAUCAAUCCAAACUGAGUCAAAUCUGAUGCUGAAUCCUUCAUUUAACCCGUUCACUGCUGACAAUCCUGUAGCUCUAACAGUAUUUGAUUGGUAAGAGCACUUGAUAGACCUUGUUAAUAAUUUAAUCUGCAUUUCAAUUCAACCGAAUGGAGGUUCCGUCCUUUUAGAGUAACACGUUUGUCAAUGAAGCCCCUGUAAAGCUCUCAUCUCGCUAAAGAAGAAACUGUAGGGUUUGCACAUCUUUCAUUUGGUUAACAGUGUUGAACGGCAACAGAGAUUAUAUAUAGCACUAUAGAAGAUUAAGUACAUGGGAGUAAAAAGCACACUUCCUUUUCCUGAGUAAGGAUUUGGAAAGAAAUAGGAUUUGAGCCAUAAAGUAGAUCUAGUCUUUAUGAACUGAGUGGACAUUAGCUAGCUAGCUAUAAAUGUUGUUAUGAACUCUGUGAUCAGAUCCAGGAAGCGUUUAUGUGUUGUGAAUAUUUUGUGUUUAGUGCAUGACGAUGCCAUCUUUAUUUAUUGUGUAAAGCGAAACACCUGUACCGUGUGAUUUACCUGUGAUAAGUGAAUAUAAUGUCCAGGUUUGAUAG